GCGUGUGAGCUGUGAAGGUGAGAUUGGUCCAUGUAAACCUUCUGCGCUUGUGUAAGGAGCACGCAUAAAUGUGUAUCCCGGGAGAGAUCCUGGUAUAGUUCUUUUAGUGAGCUUCUUCGGUGAACACACAUAUUCAAGGACUACCAUCGUGAGAUACUUAGUGUGUGAUUCUGUGACAAGAAAAUAUCAGUAGUGGACUAUGUUCUGGAUUGAGCUGUGCUGAGAACAACACAUUGACCCGCUUGGAAAAAGAAUUUCGCUGUUCAUAAUAUUCAUCAUUGACAGUUAAUAUGGCGAUGAUCCCACCCAGCGCCAGUGGCGGACCAUACCAGACGGCUUCCGUCGUGAUGGAUGUGGAUCCGAAUUACCAUCACCUUCCCCACCACCACCCAGACCCCAACCAUCAGCUGGCCCCACAGCCCCUGCAGCAGCCACAGUACCCACCCAUGCUCCAGGCCCAGCCUAUCUCGUUAGAGAAGCAACAGGGCCCAUCGGAACAGAUGAUGGUUGGGACAGAACCACCAUACCAGUGCAAAAUCUGCGGCAAGGGCUUCGCUAUCCCGGCCAGGUUAGCACGCCAUCAUCGUGUCCACACUGGAGAAAAACCCUUCAAAUGUGAAUUUUGCGAGAAGACAUUCAGUGUGAAGGAGAACCUGAACGUACACCGUCGCAUCCACACCAAAGAACGCCCAUACAAGUGCAACAUAUGUGAUAGGUCCUUCGAGCACUCUGGCAAGUUACACCGGCACAUGCGAACCCACACUGGCGAACGACCACAUAAAUGCGAGGUUUGUGGCAAGACUUUCGUGCAGUCCGGUCAACUGGUAAUCCAUAUGAGGGCCCACACUGGUGAGAAGCCCUACACUUGUGAGUACUGCCAGAAAGGCUUCACAUGCUCCAAGCAGCUGAAGGUACACAUCCGCACACACACUGGGGAAAAACCUUAUGAAUGUGACGUAUGUGGCAAGACCUUUGGUUACAACCACGUUUUAAAGAUGCAUAAAAUGUCUCAUUUGGGAGAGAAGCUGUACAAGUGUACUCUGUGUGAGGAAUUCUUCAACUCGCGCAAGACUCUUGACCGCCACAUUCGCGAUCAUGGCAAUGCAGAGCGACCCUCACGCAAGCAACAGCCAGCACCACUGCAAGACAUACCCUGGAAACCUUCACCUUUGUCAGCUGCUUCAGAUGUGUUAGAAGGCAGGGAUUCCAACAAUUCCAACUCUCCCCCCACAAAUUCCUCUCCCGCAUCUGUGUCUUGGGACAGUGAUUCUAUGGAUCAACAGCUGCCAUUUCGUGAGUUGCGACGGGCCUCUGAAGGGCCCAGCGCCACCGGUGCAGAAGUUUUCACCUGCUAUGGAAGCAACAGCGUCGGGUCUCGAUCUCCUGGAUACAUCAGUGAUGACAGCGGUCGAGGCGCUAGCCCCGUCAGUGACACUCUCUCCCCACCUCGAUCUCCAGUCACUUCUGGAUCUUCUUUAACUCCACCACACAUAAUGGAUGCGCCGCCUGUUAGACACCAACAGUUACCACUGGGUGGCCCUUCCAUGGACUACAACAUGCUGCUGCACCGCCUCUAUCCAGACCUGGUAGUGCCUAAACCAGAGUCUUCCCAGCCCACUGACACCCAGCGUAUGGCCGUCUUCACCACAGAGUCUGGGGAGCGCCUUACCUGUCCUUAUGAACUCCUGCUGUGUCUCCAAAGGAAAAAAGAACAAAGUUACAUGGACGAACACAAUAUUGCUUAUGAACAAGAAGCGCUUCGUCGUCGUCAGCAGCAACUGGAGGUACACCUACUGAGGGAGGAGACACGGCGCAAGCGUGAACGUUCUUUCAUCAGUACUGUACAGAGGGUGUUGGAAGCUCUUAUUGGCAGCGAGCGACUGGCACAUUUAGGCCACCCACACACCUCUGUAGACGAGGUUCUCAUGCGAACACUCAAUUUGAUGGGUUCUCAGCCAUGCAAGGAGCCCUCGCUCUCUCCCAUGGACCGUGUCAAGGUUAACCUUAGACUACUACUCGAGUGUAGUGUGCCCGACCAGGACAUGUGGAUUAAGUUUGGCUGGCGGGGCAAACCCAUCGAUGACAUAGUAUCUGAAUUCCUCAAUUUCUGUUAGUACAUAUCAUCUGUACUGUCAACAUGACAGUUGUUCACCUCGUAUGAGAAGACGAGUAUCUCGCCUCCUUUUCAGGGAUGAUGAAUUGACCACAACUUUUAAGCUAGUAUGGAAAUUUGUUCACCUAGUUUGAUCAAAAAGAAAGCAGUGCGACUUCUCGAUACUGAGGGAGGCAAUUUGGUCACCUCAAAAAUGGAUGGAGAGUACAAUUUUGACAUAUGAAAGGAAAUUUGCCCAGUGUCAUAUUUUCAUGAUGCGGAGGGAUUCUUUCCUCUUAUGAAGAAGUGUAUACAACUUCCUGGCGUGGAGGGAAAUUACGCCCGGUCGUCCUAUGGUGGUGCCCGGGGAGUUUCCGAUCUCAGGGCCUCUACUGGCCUCUUGUUUUUGCUCAGUAUUUUCACGGCGUCUCGAGAAUGUGAGGCGCUGUCCUAACCUUAUGAUAUCACUCUAGUCGUUUCAUCAAUGUUUCGCUAAGGUUCAUUUUGUACAUUCCAUAUUGUGUUAUUUGAAGCACAAACCGUGUUGAAAUGUCCUAAUGUAAAUAAGUGAAUGAAAUAUAUAUUUUAAAUGUACUGUUUAAUAAAGUCAACGGAUGA